AUGACUGAAAUUCUCGGAAAGCCAGUCGGCCCUGUUGCCUAUGGCCUCAUGGGCUUCACCUGGCGUCCCGACCCAACUCCCCUAGAUCAAGCUGUUGAAGCUAUGCGCGCCGCCUUCAACAACGGCUGCACCCUCUGGAGCGGUGCCGAGUUCUAUGGACCCCCAAGAUACAACAGCAUGACUCUUCUCAAGGCCUACUUCACAAAAUAUCCCGAGGAUGCCGACAAGGUCACCAUAGCCAUGAAGGGAACCUACAAAGCCGAGGCAUUUAAGCUCGAUGGAUCCCCUGAGAAUGUUCGAAGAUCCAUUGAUAAUGUGAUUGACCAGCUCGGUGGGACUAAGAAGCUUGACCUAUUCGCACCAUCAAGACGAGACCACAAGGUUCCCUUUGAAAAAACCCUUGGCGUCAUCCAGAAGGAGUACGUUGAGACUGGCAAAAUUGGUGGUGUUGCUCUCUCAGAGUGCAGUGCUGCCACCAUCGAAGAGGCUGUCAAGAUUGUCAAGGUCGGUCUCGUUGAGGUUGAGCUCAGCUUGUUUAGCACAGACAUCCUACACAACGGCGUUGCUGCCGCUUGUGUAAAACAUAACAUCCCCAUCAUGGCCUACGCACCUCUCGGGCGUGGCAUGCUUACUGGCCGCUUCGCCAACAGCUCCGAGUUCCAAGGCCAGGGAAUUGCUAGCUCCUUCCCUCGAUUCCAACCCGAGGCUUUCCAGCACAAUCUCAAGCUUGUCGAACAAGUCAAGGCUGUAGCUGAAAAGAGGGGUAUCACUCCAGCACAGCUCGCCAUCAACUGGGUGAGAGGUCUGAACGGCCGCAAAGGACUUCCCACUAUAAUCCCAGCACCUGGAGCGACCACAGCAGCCAGAGUCGACGAGAACGCUCAACACAUCCCGCUUUCGGAAGAAGAGAUGGACACUCUAGGUGAGAUAGCUGAUGCCUUCGAAAUUUCCGGUGGACGAUACCCCGAUGGUGCGCCGAUGCAAACUUGA